AUGGAUGAAGAUAUAUAUCAUUAUGAUUUUACAACUGCGUCAGAGUUUGAAAUAUUUAUAGCUCGAUUAGAAGAAAUAAUUCAAGAAUGGGGAUUACAUCAGAAGCCUUUGGAAGAGCCUUUACAAAAAGAUUAUUUUAAAACAAAGGAAUGGCGUAUUUCUUCUGAAAUUUUAACUUUUGCAGAAGCUGAGUUUACUCUAAAAAGGUAUUACCUAAAAUGUGAAAAUAUUGAAAAUGAUGAUAACCAUAAUGAACAAGAAGAAAAGCCAGAUCAAGCUGUGAUGGAUACAUUGUCUAUUGAAAAUGAUUUUAUUAAUAAUGCAUUUUUAAACAAAAACCCACAUCCUAUUGCAAGAUGGUAUGGCUUAAGGGAUUACUUGGUUCUUAUUCCUCAACACAGUUCAAAUGUAGCUUCUGAAAGCAGAAUUAAAAUUGUAUUGAGCUCAUUAUCUAUAGCUGCUGGAAAUGUUAAAUGUAAAGUUCCAAUAUUCCUACAAGCAUUAGAACCAUGGCAAAAUUAUUUUAUCGGGGUUUAUCAAUCUAGUUAUUAUUGCACAGAAUUUAGCAUGAUUCAUUUAAAAAAAAUUCCAUUACAUUGCAAAUUUUUAACAGGCUUACUUAAAAUGUUUAAGUCGAAAAUAAGUUCAGGAUCUUUUCAAAAUUUGGCAACAGUGAGCGUUCAUUUUACAUACAUUUUAAAAAAUUGGACCAUUGAUAAUUGGAGUCAAGAACCUCCUGAUUUAGAUUUUUUGGGAGGAGAAGUUUUAUUCGUUUCCAAAGUGGGUUUUCUUCCUUUUGGAUCAGCUUAUGAUUCUAUCAAUGAACUUUUUCUUUGUGCUAUAUGGCCUUCAUUUUCAGAGAACUUUGUAGUAGAUUGUGAAAAUUAUUCCGAUUUGGAACCUUUGCAUGCACCUAUUUGGAAGGUUUCAAUUGGAGCCAUUGAAAAUCCAUCUUGUUUACUAAGUGAUUACUUCAUUGAAUUUUUGACUUUGACAGAAGAUAAGCAUACUAUUAAAGAACUAUUGGGAAACUUGAUUGGAAACAGUUCUCAAAAAAAGUUUAGCAGUGAAAGUGAAAUAAGUUCUUCAUUAAGUGCAUUAACCGAAUCUAAAAUAUCAGCGUUUUCAAAAGCCGUUAUCGGUGGAGAAAAAACCGCGAAAAAAGAAAGCGGAAGAUAUUCUCAAAAUUCAGAUCAACCAAUUUCUUCUGACGAUUUGAUGACGCUCUUGUAUUACUUAUUUCCGGAUGCUGACCAAAAUACAAAAGCACCGUAUAAUGAAUCAACAGGAGGAUACUCACCCGAUUGCAACAUUGAAGAAAAAAAAUUUGAGAAUAUAAGAAAAAAACUUAUUGGAAUGAAAACUGCUCCUUACGACAGUCUUCUUUGGCGUUUAGCAAUAACAAUGGCUCACGUCAUACAUUCCCUUGGAAGUCUUCCUUCAGCUGCUUAUUUUUGGUAUGAAUUUACACAAGAAUUAAGGUUUCGUUGGGAAAAUGGAAUUCUUAUACCUGGGUGA